AUGCUUGGUAAUUCCGAGACCCUGACAGCCAUGCAAGUCACAAGCGCUGUGCUGUGCCCACGGCGGGCUGGCGUCUGAUUCUCGCGAUCUCCGCGACUUGAUUCACUGCCCACUCUGACUGCCCUCGUGCAUGCCCGACAGCCCAAACCUUGCGAUCAUCAUGUAUGAAGUCCGCUCGCCGAGAAUGGCAAGGUAGAGAAAAUGAACUUUCACGACAAAAGGCGCCGUCAACGCACACACACGCUGCAGUCCCCGACACUGCGGAGUCCCGCGAUCCCGCGCUGAUUACUCAGUGA